AUGGCUUCUGAAUUCAUUGGCUAUAAUGUGCUGGUGACGUUGAGAGAGCCACAGGGUGGAAGGCUAAUGGGCCAGGUCGCUAAUGUGUUUGGGCAGCGCUUGCUGCUCCAGGAUGUCACAUUUCUCUGGAAUGGUCAACGCCUGCCUCAAUAUUCUAUUGAUGCCUCUGCUAUCACCGACCUCUCUCUUGAAACCAAUACCCAGGCUCCCUCGCAGCGUCAGCAACUGCAUCAGCAUCAGCCUAACCCCCAGCUUCAAUCUUACACAGCAAUGCAUUUACCUCCAGCUCCUGCUCAAUCUACUCCAACACAGCAACAAUUUACCGACCCGGCUAUUCUGAGUUUUUCAAAAGCCCCUCUCGUAUCUAAACCGCCAGCUGUUGAGAAUGCCUCGACCGCUGUCCCCGCCAACCAAAUCCAUGGGGCAGUCUCGGCCUCUUUGAGUGAGCCAUUUAGCAGCCUGGAAUUGAAUGCGGAUAGUGAGAAGACCGGAUUACAAGGGACCUCCCACAAGAAAUUACUCCAAAGCCCGCAGGAAUUGUCGCCCUCAAAGCAGACACCAAAGCGAAAUCGACGUACCAACCAAGAAAUUGCACGGGAAGAGAGAGGAUAUGUCGCUAAACACGGCGCCGCAGCAAGCACCAACCCAAAGAGCAAAGGCUGGCGCCAGACUGCGUUUGUUGAGCCAGCUGCCCCUGCGUUCCAGGAUUCACCUGAAGCUAUGAGCCGGUCUGGAACUAAACUUCGCAAAAAGAAGUCACGCCGUUAUGCCGAGGAUCCAAGUGGAUGGGCAACCGAAGAUGCUACUGAUAUCCAAGAGCUGGGCGAAUUCGAUUUCGAAAGCAACCUGUCCAAAUUUGACAAGCGGACUGUGUUUGAACAAAUUCGAAACGACGACACUACCGCAGACGACGAGCGUCUGGUGAGCUUCAACCGAAAAGUCAAACCGGGCACCAACGGCGGAAAGAACCUACACUGGACGGAGAAUGUACUGGAUAGCCCACAGAACAGCGACACCGGGGAUGAUAUCGAAGGAAUUAGUGAAACAAAGCUGAGCAGCGAGACCAUAUCCGGACGGGAGCGGGCGAGAGCGCCUACACACGCUCAACCUCCCCGCAAAGACAGCGCGAUACAGGCCCCGCCAAUGGUGCCACAGCUUAGUGCGCUUGGCCGCAGUCAGCUUCACGUCAACAUUUCUCGUACAACGAGCCCCCGACCAAGCCGAUCGUCGGUGUCGCCUAUGAUUGCUCCCAAUGUUUCUAGUGCUGGUUCGCUGCGGCUCACAACCACCAAUCGCAGCUGUCCCACGGUGAGCCCUUUGCAGACUCUGGAGAUCGAGCAAAUCUCGGUCGCUGAGUUUGGCUUGGCCGAUGAGAUCAUUACAGAGAAUGCAGGCCGGGGAAUAGCAGAGGCCGCUGUAGCUCUUCUUUCCAAUGAUGCUGCCGCACCUACUAUGCUUAUCCUUACUGGCAACCAUCGUACGGGGGCAAGGGCUAUUGCUGCUGCUCGCCAUCUGCGUAACCGAGGCCACCGGGUUACAGUCUGCUUGCUCGGGCUCGAACACGAAGCUGAAUUACUGGAGAACUGCCGCAAACAGCUUGAUAUUUUCCGCAAGGUCGGGGGUCGCGUGCUCAAAUGGGAAGAACUAUCCGCUCGCUUGGCCACCUCAGACCUGGGACCUGAUUUGAUUAUCGACGCUUUGUUCGGCAUGCAUCUGUCCUUUGAUGACCUUCGAACUGACGACCAAGGUGUGGCCUUCGAGAUGAUUUCGUGGAUGAACCGCAGCAACGUCGAUGUGUUGUCUGUGGAUGUCCCUUCCGGACUUAAUGCUUCUACUGGUAUGUACUUACGGAAACCAGUCCGAACCGGUGUAACUAAUACAAAACUAUCCAAAGGCGAGGUUACUCUGGCCGAAGGUGGCCGGCUUUGCGUCAAUGCCACAUCGGUCGUGUGUCUCGGAGCGCCCAAGACUGGUGUGCUGAAUGCUCUUCUGUCUGGCGAAAGACUCUCCUGGAAUUUGGCAGUUGCCGACAUCGGAAUCCCUCAGAUUGUCUGGAGAAAGUACGGUACCCGUCGUCGCCAUGGAAUCGAUUUCGGGAACAAAUGGGUCGUGCCAUUGAAGUACCAACCUUUGCUUUCCUAA